AUGGCGGCGGCGCUGCGGUGGCGUGGAGACGCAGAGGCGAGAGAUGAGCGGAGCGAGUCCGACACGGGGCGCGUGGGCGCGCGACCUUCGGCAGAGAGAGGCGAUGGCGACGGAGGCCCGGGGCGAAGCCGUGGAGACGAGUGGCUCCCGGCAGACGAAGAUCGUCUUCGGGGAGGAGACGUCUCACCGGGGCGCCGGGAGAGGCCAGAGGUAAGCGACGACAGAGCUGGAAAAGACGAGACGUUCUUCCCCCAGCCUGCCCGCGGCGCGGCGCUUCUGCGGAAUUUCUCUCUACGGCGUCGCCUCGGCCUCAUUGAGGGACUCGAACCCGCGACGCUCGGACGCGGGCCUCGCGCGAUUUAUGCGUCCAGCUCUUCUUGCGUAGGGCAUCCUGCAUCGCCGCCGCACAUGCCGUCUCCUCCCUCUUCGUAUCCUGUUCCCAGCCCUCGCAGCGUCCGCAUGUCUGGCUCCGGCGACGAGGCGCGGCUCGCGAGCCUCUCCCCUGCGUCGCCCGUCUCCACGUCCUCGCCUUUCCCCGCGGCUCGCUGCUCGGUGUCUGCAGCGUCGUCUCCCUCUUCGGCGGCGGCCUCGCGGCGAGCCGACCUCCUCGCGCCGUUCACCACCCUGCGGCUGACACUCGCGCCGGCUGCGAUGCUGCGGGCGCAGAAGGCGAGCCUGCCGCAGGCAGACUCCCCCCGCGCCUCGCGACCGCCUCACGGGCCUGCGGAGGCCGAAACAGAAUCCGCUCGCGAAGGACGUGAAGAAUCCACUGAAAGGGACGACGAACCCUCUUCAGCAGCGGACUGCGGACUUUCUGCGACGCCUCCGCACUUGAAGACACCUGCGCUUGUGGUGCCGAAUUGUGUUGGCGGGGGAGACUUGAAGGCGGCUGACGAAGAUCGCGAUGGGCGACGGGAUCCCCGGAGAGAAGAGGAGCUGGCUGAGAAAGAAAUGCAACUCGAGGAGCAACGCGAAGCCCGAGCCCUUACCGAAGCGGCUCUCAAACUCGCGAAGGAAAAAAUCAGAGCGCUCGAACGUGAUAAUGCAGCUCUCCGAGCCGGCGGAGGGCUCCGCGCGUUGCUCGCGCUCUCCGGCGCCCGAGGCCAAAGGCGCGCGAACUGGGCGAGGAGACAGGAGACAGCAGACUCGCCGCUUCUCCACGAUCGAGUGGCGUGCAGCUCGCUGAGGGAGAGGGGUCGCAGCGAGGAAGCGGAAGCGGGAGCCGCCGGCAGAGAGGGAGCGGAUGAGAGAGGAGAGGGAGAGAGAGAGGCGAGCAGCAACUAUAUGACGGACCGAGGAGGUGGCAGCCAAUUAGAAACAGACACAGAUGUUCUGGAGCAGAAGCUGAGGCUUUACAGGCGGCAGCUGCUUUCGCUUUCGCAAGAGAACCAGCGCCUGUGGGACUUUUACGUGCAAGCGACGAAACGGGAGGAAACCAGUAAAGCGGAGGAAAGCAAACGAAAAGAAAAGUCUCCGUCGAUAUCGGACGUAGCUGACGCGCGCACCUACGUCGUCAGCCGGCCUCAGUUCGAUCUGCGGAGCUAG